AUGAGCUUUCCAACAUUCAACUUCGGCGCGAAUACUGGUCCUGCGACUCCUGGAAAGUCACGUAACCCAUUCGCGAAUGGCGAGCCCCCGUCUGCGUCCAAUUCUUUCACUCCGCAGGGCCCUCCUCCUUCUACCAUAUACGGCGGCUCCCAGAUGAGCACCAGAUCGCCGGGAAACUCAAACCCAAUCUUCAAUAGAUCCGAGCUGUUGAGGGACAGCAUAUUUGGCUCAUCCGUGGACUCGCCCGAUUUUACCUCCCGGACGAGGAAGGCCGCGCCGGCAAAGCGGUUUACGGCUUCAGAAUCUCUGUUCGACGUCUCACAUGGUCCUGAUUUUGGCGAUUCAACGAAUUGGGGCGCAUCGAAUGGCUUUGAGCCGCACAUGUCCGGAGGGCUCGGUGUAGAUGAAGACAACGGGCCUAUGGAGGAAGAAUACGAAGACGUGCAGACAGAAAAGACGACGGGAUCGGGAUUAAACUUCCUCGACUCGCACAUUAGCAGCACAGGACCCUCGUUAAUACCAGCACAGCGCAAACCCAUCUCCACAAAUGCUGAAAAUGCCAAACGACCCAAGCUUGACGACAAGUGGGGGACCCAGUCGCCUUUGCGCAAUGCGAAGUUGUCUCCGAAAAAGAACUCAACAAUACCAGCUAUCAUACGGAAUUUCUCAUCGAGAGCUCGUAAAGCGGCUGCUAACGAAUCGCUUGACUUCAUCAUUCGCACUGAAGACGAGAUAUCCCGCAUGUACGAUGAGACCAAACAGGCGCAUUAUAACGAUGAGAAUCUGCAGGUGGCCAUAGGAAAAAUUUGCGCUGAUUUGUCUACUGCGUGGUACAAGACACCGGACAACAAAGCUUCUGGUACAGUUAUUGGCCCCGGAGAUAGCGCCGCGAAUUCUACGAAGGCAGGCUUUCUGGGAUCGUUGUUGCUACAGCUUCACCAUCCACCUGCCGCUCCAAGAUCACCAGGUUUUUCGAAUGGGUUUGGAUUUGCGGCUCCGCGGUUCCCCUUUGGCGGGCGAUCGGCAUCUGCUCCAAUUCCUAAAGUUCUUUUGGACUGGCUGAACACAAACGAUUCUCUGUCAGCCGAGUAUACAGCUCUAAAGCAAGUGGGACCUGACCCUACCGCAUCGUCAAACUUCUGGGAGAUUGUAAUUGCUGCUAUCCUGCGAGGCCAGCUCUCGGAAGCGUCUCAGCUUUUGCGGUCUGCUGAUUUCAACUACGCUCGCUCCGCGCUGGAGGAUGGUUUGCCGCAGGCGGGUUACCGCGGAGCGCAGUUGCAAAAUAUCCAAAGAUGCAUCAACAAGGCACUUCAGGUGCUGGAGGCGUGCCCUAGCGUUCAUAAUGACGACUGGGAUGUCCGCGAUGCAGAGUGGUCGCUUUACCGAAAACGCGUCCAUGCUGCGUUAACUGAUCUGGAAGAAUUCGCCGAAGGAGAAGAGCAGCCCGCACCAGCGCCCACAACGAGCAAUAUGUUCCAGGCCGUCAACUUCGGGCUGGGCCCAAAUGCUUUCCAGGGGCCUUCAUUUACCGAGUCUGCACGUAUGGCUGAAAGUCGAGUGCCGUGGGCCAUAUACCAAAAACUGCGGUCACUGUACCGAAUUAUACUUGGUGACCCGGGGGCUAUCAUGAAUAAUUCGGAGAACUGGGUGGAAGCCACGAUUGGUCUAACCGCUUGGUGGGAUGGCGAGGACGAUGAUGGACCCAGCCCUCCCACAUUCCUACGCCGUGGGCCGUCGUUGUCAGGAGAUCCUUAUCUUCGCCGCCUAAGCCUGGCUUUCAAGCACGCAACCACCGCAGAGGGGGACGAGAAGGGUUUCCGCAUCAACUCGCUCAGCGGAGUUGAGGUCGGACUGGCCGCUGUUUUUGAAGACGACGUUGAGGGUGUGCUGGGAUUGCUCCAGACCUGGUCACUCUGUGUGGCCGCCGCCGUGGCGGAAGUUGCCUCGGUCGGUGGCUGGCUGAAGGCGAAAAACAAUGCCAAACCGUCUGGUCUCAACGAUAAUGACCUUAUGGUACUCUCGUACGGUCAAGACGACGGUCCCGCAGGGGUGAACCUAGACGAUGUUCUGAUUGCGUACGCUACUGCUCUUUUCGAGAGGCCGUCAACUCGAAAUGAGCCAGAGGGCCGGGAGGGGUGGGAGUUAGCGCUUGAGGUUCUAAGCAGGCUAGAUGACAAUCAGAAGAUGCAAAAGAGCGUUUCGGAACUGCUGGACAAGCUUCCGCUCGACACGGCCGAGCAGAUGGACAAGGUUGUUCUACUGUGCUCAGAGUUGGGGUUGAUCAAGGAGGGUCGGCGUGUUUCUGAGCGCUAUGGUGAUCUCACUGUCGAGAACUCGGAGCAAUAUGGUCUAGCGCUGGUUUGCUAUGCUCGCGCGCACAACCGUCGCAAGGUCAAGUCCGUCGUCGACCUGCUCAUCUCGUACAGCCUUGUCCAGUCUCGCGCGUACCCUGCCUCGAAUGACCUAGAUGAGCAGCUGCGGACCCUAAUCCGAGAGCCCAAGACGUGCCUCUCGGCAAUCGCAAGUGCCGACGAGGAGGCUGCUUCGAUCCUGCAGUUCUAUUUCAGUGGUUACGCGACGCUGCGACGAUUCUACGAGACACGCGACGAAGCAGUUGCCCUUUCAGCAGGCCAGAAGCCCCGCUACAAGCCGCUUGCCAGACGGCGCGCUGCAGCGCAGGCCCUGGUUGCUGCCAUCACCAGCGCUGCCGACAGCAUUUACGGAGGGCUAUACGACCCAGAUCGCGACUCGGCUAUUCAAGUCGACGGUCUCCUAGCUCUUUUGGGCGAGGCUCUACCUCUUAUCCACCAAUCUUCCUCCAUCCUGAACCCCUCCCAGCAAUUCGCGAUCCUCUCCGCCAUUGAGGACCUCGAAACCGUUACCCCCCGCGUCUAUGCACAAUGCGAAGAGUGCUUCCGCUCGACCCUUCUCGAGUACUACUCCAAACACACCGGCAAAGCCACCGAUUCCUCCGUCCUCCCUCCAUCGCCGCGCGCCCUCCUCAAAAAGUCUGUCUCGUCCCUGACAGGCUCAAGCACGUUCUCUAUCAUCGGUAGCGACAUGCUAGGAGCGCGCACGCGCUCGUCCUCCGGAUCUGCCGAUGGCUCCGGCGUGCUCGUGCCGCGGGCCAGCGAAAAGACACAGGCGGAACGCGAAUGGGAUUGGCGUGCCGGACUGCCGGAAGACACCAAGGGCGAGGACAUACUCCGGAUGUUGCGGUUGGGACUGGCGAACGGGCUGAGUUUGGGGGCUCUGGGCGCGGUCUACUAA